AUGAAACGUUUGUUUUACUUCCUUCUUGCCUUAACCUCUGUUUUGGCCACGACAGCAAACGCAGGGGGACCAGUUGUCGACAUUGAAGGUAAUACCAUAUUCGACGGCAGUUACUAUGUUAUCCCCGUCCUCUUCGGCGCUGAUGGUGGUGGCCUGACUCUCACCCCCCUCGGUAACAAGCAGUGUCCCCUAUAUAUCGGGCAAGAACCUUCAGAUUCCAACAUGGGCAUUCCGGUAAGAUUCUCAAACUGGAAGUCUAGAGUUGGGUUUGUUCCUGAAUCCGAAAACCUCAACAUCGAGAUGGAUGUCAAAGCUACGAUCUGCGUCCAGUCAACAUACUGGUGGGUCGCUGCAUCCCGCAUGCCCGUUGUGAAGUCUUUAAUAGUGGCUGGUCCUAAGCCAGAACCUGAAAAAGAUUCAUCGAAGAGUUUCUUCCAGAUCAAGAAAAAUAGCGGUUUUCUUAAUGGCUAUAAUAUCGUGUUUUGUCCUAACGGUAAUGAUUGCAUCGAUGUCGGGGUAGUUGUGGACAAAUAUGGCGUUAGGCGUUUCACUUUAAGCUCUACGCCAUUCCCAGUUAUGUUCCUGAACUCUAAUGAGACAGAGACUUCGUCCAAGACUAUGUCUACUAUCUGA